AUGGCCUCAGAUCAUGAAGACCAUGAGGACUAUGAGGACUACUCUCUGCCCCCAGAGACCCAGCGUCCUUUCACAUCUGGUAUCCGUCGAAAACCUGUACCAUUCAUACGCUCCUCCGACCUGAACACCUCAACCCCAUCUACAUCUGCAUCCUCCGGCCGAAAUGUCGCAAACACAUACCUCUCCAUUGUAAUGAAACAACACAACACAACCCCAAAUACACCAACAUGCCCAUCGCCAACUCGUGAAACCCAAUCAGCCCCAGCAUCAGCAGAAGCCACACCCCUCCCCGAACCGGAGAUCUGCAAUGUAUGCAAGCUGCCCCUCGGCACGAACGAGACUCCGCACGAAGCCUCCAUCGCCCACCAAGUCUGUCUUACGCAUUCGCACCCACCAUCUCAUCUAGAUCGCACGCGGACAGGCUUCCGGUACCUUACGAGUCAAGGAUGGAAUCCCGACGAGCGAUUGGGUCUCGGCGCAUCGGGUCGCGAAGGUAUUCGCGAGCCCAUCAAGGCGAGCAUGAAGUUCGAUACUGCUGCUUUGGGGACUGGGCUUGAUGCGGAUGGGGAUCCGUUGCCGAAGAAGGCGCCUCCGGUUAAGGUGCAGAAGCUGAAUGCUAAGCAGGUUAGGAAGAAGGCCGAGGAGGAUAGGAAGAAGGCGGAGAGGAUGAGGAAGGUGUUUAAUCAGGAUGAAAGGAUUCUGAAGUAUUUGGGGGAAGAUGCGUGA